CAGCCGCGCUGCAUCCGCUGGGGCGGCAGCUCCCCGCCGGCCGCUGCGCCCGCCGGCCCCGAGCGCACUGAGCCGUCCGCGGCCAUGGCCUUCGGAGGGGAUUCGCGUUCGCCCCCUCCCUCUCGUGCAGAAAGUCAGACAAGUCUAUGAGGAAACAGAACUUCAGGAGAGGGGAGGAGAAAAAAAAACAACAAAAACAAACAAAAAACGCGAGAGAACAACAGCAAACCUGCCUCCGUGUUCGGAUGAUCUCUGGGCUGAUCAGCAGCAGCCAGAGGUAAACUUUGGUGCAGCGGCACCGCUCCGGGCUGCGAGCCGAGCGGUUCCUAUUUCUCCGUUGAAAGGAGCGGGUUUUGCUUUUACGGCGUCAUCUGUCUUGAAGCUAGGAGGGAGGAUAGGGGAGGGUUGGAGGCAAAGAAGUCAGUCCUCUCUCCGAAGGAAAUGUUUUUUUGUGCUCAAGAUGACCUUUUCUGAAAAUGCAGCUUCUCCAGCGGACUGAUUUUUAUUUUGACUGGGAAGUGUGUGAAACUGAGCCCUAACUUCCCACAAACCCUAGGAUGUGCACUUCUGGGAUUAGCAAUAUGGGGCAUCUGUUGUCACCUCUCCUCUUGAGCCUGGCAGCACUUUUUUCCAAAGUGACUGAGAGUCGAGGGAUCCUGGAAAGCAUACAGAGGUUUUCUUUACUGCCAACUUACUUGCCUGUGACAUAUCGUAUCCACAAUGCAGAUGUUUCCUUCUUUCUUAAGGAAGCCAACCAGGAUAUCAUGAGGAAUUCUAGCUUGCAGUCGCGAGUGGAGUCAUUUCUCAUCUACAAAUCCAAGAGGCCACCUGUGCUAAAUGCCAGCUAUGGACCUUUUUCCAUUGAACAAGUAGUGCCCCAGGACUUAAUGUUGUCUUCAAAUCCAUUUGAAUCUACCAACAAGUUCUCAUUUAAUUGGAAACUUAAGGCCUUCAUAAUGAGUGACAAAAUCUACCCUAGCAAGCCCAAAGUCCAGGUCCUGUUCUACAUUGUGGGCAGGGACUGGGAUGACUACAGCACGACGGAGAGGCUGCCCUGCCUGCGGGUGUUCGCCUUCCGAGAGACGCGGGAAGUCAGAGGCAGCUGCAGGCUGAAGGGGGACCUGGGGCUGUGUGUGGCAGAGCUGGAACUGCUGCCAGGCUGGUUUAACCCCCCCACUGUUGUAGCUGGCCGUAAGAAACCAAUGGAGCAUUCUGAAGGGAGUCCUGUGGAGCUGUACUAUGCCAUACAACCAGGAGAUGAGAAAGGGGAAUGCACCAAGGAGGAUGUUAGGAAAAGUAAUGGGAUCCGACCAGGGCGCAAUGACAUUGAUGAGUCGGGACCUCCCUUGCAGAGGAUUGGAAGUGUUUUCCUUUACCAGACACGUGCUGUCCCUUCCUUAAAUGAAAUGAGGUUGGAUAAUAAUAUUGCCAUUUGGUAUGCACCAAAGACUGUCAAGCAAGGUGACAUCUUGACUUUCCUUGUAUCUAUUGCUAAAAAUUCAACAGAAGAUCAAUUCACACUGAGGGCAAAGGUGAAGAAAGGUGUGAAUGUUUUCAGCGUAAGAGCCAGCAGCCCAUACUUGUGGGAUAUCAGAGAGAGUGUGGAUUAUACGGGGAAAUAUGCACCAGCUGUUAUUGUUUGCCAGAGAAAGUCUGCUGCCUCUGAAAACAGCGCGGAUGGUCCUUCCUCUGAAAUCAUGCAGAUUGAUUUUGAAAUUGAAGACCUGACUGACCUACCUGAGACCCAGCUCAUCACGUGGCAGGUAGAAUAUCCUGGAGAUACAACAUCUGAUCUCGGAGUCUCCAAGAUUUACGUCAGCCAGAAGGACCUGGUAGGAGUUCUCCCUUUGGCUAUGGUAAGAGAUUGUCUGGCAUUCUACAAGUUUUGAAUACUGGUUUACAAUUCUCGAGUCUGAUGGGUGCAAGUGAUCUGCUGAAAGCCUAGGGGAUGGUUUCAGUUCCUUGAGAAACAAAUUCUAUCAUGUGGAAUUUCCUUCACAUAGCAGUGCAAUGUUUGAGGGCAAAACUCAGCUUCUUGUGGAAAGCAGUGCUAUGUUCUCUUUGAUGUAUGCAUUGACUUCUUGGAGGCAGGAGC